AUGACGGAUUUCAUUAAAUGCAUUAUUUGUGAUAAACGUGCGAAUAGCAUGUCUGAAAUGCAUUUGCAUCAAACGACAUGUCAUUCGAUUGAUCAGUUUUCUUUAAUAAUAUUAUCGCGCAGAGAAUCCAAGAUUGAAAAUGAAUUAAAAGAUUGUGUCACAGCUAUUGAUAAAGUAUUGCAAUCUUCAAAUAAAACUGAAGGCAGACGUAAGAAGAAUCCAAGACCUCGAAAGAAUGAUAAAACUGAAACAGCUAAAAAACAAUAUGCCAAUGAAAUAGCAGAUGGAGUGCAAAAUAUUGGACCUGAAAAAGAAGUCGAUGAAACCAAGCCAAUUCAGCAACCAGAAUUAUCAACAACAAUCAACACUCCUUUGAAACGAUCACUAGGCAAAAAGCCUACUAAGCCUGCAAAUGUAAAAAUAAGUAAAGCCAGUGAAACAACUAAAACACCGACUGAUGUCAUUCGAAAAAGAACAACUGUAUCAUCAACUAAUAGGAGAGAAAAAGUUAGUCGAUGCUCCCAGAACAAGAAAUGUGCAAUAUUGGAAUCUGUAUUGGUCGCAAAAGGUUCAGUCAGAAAGAGAAACCAAAUUAAUGUAAUAAAUCCCACCAAAAUGAAACUUAUUUUUCCACAAGCCAAUAAUCAAGAAGUAAAAGCAAAAGAAGAUGUUACCUGGAAUAAGGCUUACCAGAAUUAUGUUGAUGGAUUGCAAGUUGUAAAAGAAAUUCCAGUUGUUCAAGCUGAUUAUACAUCAAAUAAUGCACUCAAUUUUCAAAAUAUCCUUACAAAACAAAAUCAGAAUCAAACACCAUUUACUGAUAAAAAUGAAGGAUACGAGUUUAAUAAUAACAAUCAUCAACAAUCAUCAGAAGGCCGUAUUCAAAAUCCUUACCAUUUGCAAGAUAACCUUGGCAAUGAUUUAUUAAAUAAGACAUUUAUUGAAUCUAAUGAUUUAAUUAGCGAUUUGAGGAACAUUGCACCAGAGCACCUAGUAAAUAAUUUGAAUGAUGAUUCAAAUCUCGAUAGCAUUUCAAUGGGCUUAACAAAUGAUGUAAAAGACUUCAUUGUUGAAUUUUUUGAGGAAGAGCAAAAUGCUGAAACGAGAAAUCCUUAUUGGGAAGAUAAUAUGAAUAAGUACUUUCCAUCUGAAACAAAAAGUAGUUCAGAAAUUGAACAAUUUAAUGAUAAUGCUGACAAAUAUAUGAAUGGCAAUGAUGAGAUGCCUUUGAAUUUAGUUAUAAGAGAAAUUGAUGUACCGAUCAAUCAAGAAAGCUUUAAUAAUAUUUUUUAUCAUACAACUUACACAUCUAAUUCAGCAAAUAAAGCGAUAUGUAAAUCUACUUGGAGUGAGGAAUAUAUGAAUAGCCAAAAUGCAAAUUUUUGGGCAUCAUACAAUGUUAACAAGCGACCAUAUGAAUUUUCUGGAAUAAAUGACAACCAGAGGGUAAAGACAUCGGAAGAAAAAAUGUUGGAAGAACACUUCCAAAAAACAUUCAUUGGAGGUGAGCCUGGCAUGAUGGUUUAUAAUUCUGAAAUUCAAGAAAAUAAUAUGAAUUUGACUCAUUUUAAAUAUGAAUGCCAUGCAUAUGAUAGUGGAUUUGGCGGACAUGGAGGUGGUGGCGGAGGCGGUAGCGAUAACAGGCGUGGUGGUGGUGGUGGCUUCUCUAAUUAUUCAGAAACAAGAAAUUCAACAAAAAGUAAUACUUAUUCAAGUUAUCAAUCUACAUCAGGUGCAUAUUCCUCUGGUUCAUCUUCACGAGUUACCAAUGAUAAUAGAGAUAAUUCCUUUUUCCCAAAUAAAUCAGAUGACAAAACUAGAUCACAUGGUGGUGAAACUGACUUUAAUGUAAAUGAUGAUUUUGAUUGUAUGAUUACAGAUAUGGAUUGGGACGAUAACUUUAAUGAAAAUGGUAUUGUUGACAGCAGCAUACAACAGAACGAUAAUAGCAACUCAAAUUACAGCAGCACCAAAUUUACUCGUAAUUAUAAAAGUCUAAGGGCACAAACGGAAAAUAAAGACUUUUCAACUAAUCAGAAACAAACAUAUGGAGGGAACAGUUCCGGCUGGCAUCAAACUAAACAUUCUAAUAGAAAGCAAAAUGAUGAAAAAGAGGUUUUAUGCAGUGGCUGCCAAGAACCAGCUAGAAAACAGACUGUAAAAAAAGAGGGUCCAAACAAAGGCAGAAAAUUUUAUGUAUGUCCCAAACCUAUGGAACAACAGUGUAAGUUCUUUGAGUGGGCAGAAGAUGAACCUGAGCAUGAUAGCAAUGAAUCAACUAACAACUGGUCAAGUAAACCUUCAAAGUCAAGAAAGACUUCAACUACAGUUUCAAAGAGAAAAACAACUUCUAAGGCAACUGGUACAAAACCCACUUCAAAAAGAAAAUGUGGCCAAUGUCGACAGGAAGGACACACAAUUAAAAAUUGUCCAAAUAUUAGCCAUGUAUGA